AUGAGGAUCCAUAAUAUCGUCAACUGGGCUAUAGCCCUCAUGCCAAAGGUCACGACCGCUUUUCUUCCUCCGCCUGCUUCUGAUGCCGUUCUACAGAAUAAUAUCACUUGGGACAACCAGUCCUUCUUUAUCAACGGGGAGCGACAACUACUCUUGUCGGGAGAGUUUCAUCCUUGGCGACUCCCCGUCCCGUCCUUGUGGCUGGAUAUUUUCCAGAAAAUCAAGGCUCUUGGUUUUUCAGCGACAUCAUUCUAUGUCCAUUGGGCACUAUUAGAAAGCGAACCUUCUGUAUAUCGCGCAGAUGGGAUUUUUGACCUAGUGCCGUUUUUCGAGGCUGCAGCAGAGGCAGGAAUAUACCUACUCGUACGUCCCGGACCAUAUAUUCAGGCCGAGUCGUUUGGUGGUGGGUUUCCCGGAUGGAUCGCGAGAACUAACGGAACAUUGCGAUCGAAUGACUCCGGCUUUCUGGAUUCAUUCCACACAUACUACAGCAACACGACCUCAUUGAUCGCCAAGUAUCAAAUCUCUAAUGGUGGACCAGUCAUUCUACUGCAGCCAGAGAACGAGUAUACCGGUAGCAACAAUGAAUUCGAACCCUCAUACAUGCAGUAUAUUAUGGAUGAAGCCCGCUCAAAUGGUAUUGUGGUGCCUUUUCUUAGUAAUGAUCCUGGCCCCUAUGGGCAUAAUGCUCCUGAGUCCGGUGUUGGUGCGGUGGAUGUAUAUGGACACGAUUACUAUCCGCUAGGCUUUUCCUGCUCUAACCCAGACAAUUGGACUUCCUUUGAAUUACCCACAGAUUUUUAUCAGACCCACGAGUCACAGAGCCCGACGACGCCAUAUUCCCUGGUUGAGUUCCAAGGAGGUUCGAUGGAUAGCUGGGGCGGUCCUGGUUUUGACAACUGCGCUCAAAUGGUCGGAGCUGAGGCCGAACGAAUGUGGUAUAAGAAUAAUGUUGCUGCCGGUGUUUCAUUCUUUAGCAUCUACAUGAUAUACGGUGGGACGAACUGGGGAAAUGUUGGUUAUCCUAGUGGUUAUACGUCGUACGACUAUGGCGCGGCGAUUACCGAAUCGCGAACCGUCGACCGCGACAAGUAUAGCGAACUGAAAUUGUUAGGAAAUUUCCUCAAAGUUUCUCCCACCUAUCUGGACGUUCAGCCCUUCAAUAGUUCAGUUACCAUGGCCAUCACAUCCGAUAUCUCAGUAUCACCCCUUCUCGGGCUAUCCACAAAUUCGUCUUUUUGGGUUGUUAGGCAUACCGAUUACACUUCUUCUGAUGACACCUCGUAUACGAUGCCAAUCCAGACAAGUAAUGGUACCGUUACCAUCCCUCAGCUUGGGGGUGUGCUCUCUCUCCUCGGCCGUGAUUCCAAGAUUUUGGUCACAGAUUAUCCACUGGGCAACAUCAACCUUCUCUACUCUACUGCCGAACUCUUUACAUGGAAGCAGUUUGGUGACUAUAUCGUGGUAGUCUUGUACGGAGAGAUAGGCGAGCACGAGGAACUCGCAAUUGGAUUAUCGAACCCUGACAUUACCGUCUUGGAAGGCGAUUCAAGCAGCGUACAACAUCAGUACACCGGAAACCAGACCAUUCUUGCCUGGGACAUUACGAGCUCGCGCCUUGUUGUUCGGGUUGGCGAUGUCUAUCUCUUCCUUCUAGAUCGCACCUCUGCGUACAACUUUUGGGUGCCACAGUUAAUAACGUCAGAAACCACCCACAACUACACUUCCAACGCGACAAUUGCGAGUUCGAUUAUUGUAAAUGCAGGAUACCUGGUUCGGACAGCACGACUGCAAGGCAAUGAUCUCUACCUCGAGGCCGAUUUCAACGCAACAACGACGGUCGAGAUUUUCGGCGCUCCUGAAAACGCAAAAAAUCUUUACAUCAAUGGCAGAGGCCAGAAUUUCACCAAGGACUCUCACGGCUUCUGGAGUACCAGUGCCAUCUUCGAAACACCACAGUUCACGCUCCCGGACCUGACCAAGUUGACAUGGCACUCCAUUGAUAGCUUACCAGAAUUACAAGCCUCUUACAAUGACAGCGACUGGGUAGAUGCUUCCCUGACCUUCACGGCAAACGUGGAUUAUAAGUUGAGCACACCCACGUCUCUGUUCAGCUCCGAUUAUGGGUAUCAUGUAGGCUUCUUGUUGUACCGCGGCUCUUUCACUGCAAACGGCCAAGAAACACAGCUCAACCUCACAACGCAGGGAGGUGGUGUGUUCGAGACCGCAGUUUGGAUCAACGACACCUUCAUUGGCAUCGAGGAAGGGUCUCGAGAGCCACGCGGAAUUCUUGACUACAGCCUGGACGGUGGACACAGCCAAUCGGACAUCAGCUGGAAGCUGACAGGUAAUUUGGGUGGCGAACAGUAUGUUGAUCUAACCCGUGGCCCUCUGAAUGAGGGCGGUCUAUAUGCCGAACGCCAAGGUCUUCAUCUUCCCUAUCCAGACGUGAAUGAUAGCACUUACGGUUGGGGAAGCUCUACUCCCUUUCAGGGGAUAGAUUCCGCCGGAGUUGGUUUCUGGACAGCGCGACUACCGCUUGACUUGCCCAGUGGUUACGAUAUCCCCCUCUCGUUCCAGUUCGACCAGGGCACCCUAUCUGGGGCCGAAUACUGUGCUCAGUUGUACGUGAAUGGGUUCCAGUUUGGGAAGUACGCACCGUCAUAUGGACCACAGACCGAAUUCCCAGUGCCGCAGGGUAUUUUGAACUAUAAUGGUGACAACUGGUUGGCCAUCUCGGUUUUUUCGUAUAAUUCCAGUGGGGCUAGCGUGAGCAGCCUCCAGCUCGUCAAUAAUACGAUUGCUACCAGCCCAAUUCAGGUUGAUCUAACCAACCAACCCGCAUAUACCAAGCGUGCUAAUGCGUACUGA